UUCGCGCUAUUAAUAACUUCUCUUCGCCAUAAACGAAAAAUUAUCGCAGCACACACCGCACAGGGAGUAACUACACAGUAAAAUAUUAAGGUUUAACGCCACAUUCAAUUAGGCAUUUGAACAGUAGUCCAGUCCAUCGCUUUUUUAUUCAGCGUUGUUUCACGUCCAUUGCGCUCAGUGUCCAGUACGUUCUUUUCCUACGUAACUUCAGGAAUAGGACGUCUUGGAGGUCGAUUGCGUUGCUAUGCGAAGUGACAACAAAAACACACAUGAAGGCUUAAGAAAGAUGCAAAAAUGUCGUCCAAUUACUCAGCGAACCAAUAUGACAGCGCUUUCAGGUCGCAGAGGCUGCAGAACUGGUGUGAGACUAAGCACUUCAAAGAGAGACCCACUGCACAGAGGGGUCACACCACCUUCAUUGCCAACGAUAGAGGACAUUUGCUCCCAGGAGUGGUGAAGAAGGGCAGUGCAUGGCCAGACUUUAAAGGAACUUGGGAUCUACCUACUCGUAUCCCAGCCCACUGCAUCAACCCCACAAGCCGCUCUGUGGAGGGCCUCAACAGGCUGAGGUCCUGGGGCAUUGACCCACGGGGGAUGAUGAUGCAGGAUGAUGCUAAGCAGACCAAUGGGGAUGUACAGCAGGACAGUGCUGCCCUGUCCGCUGCAGUUGAAGGCCAACCAGCUUGUCAGAACUUCCCUGGCACUGCCAGCCAAAACCAGGACUUACAGGCAGCUGUGGUCGGAUCCACUGAUCUGCCUGCUGAAGAAAAACAAGCUAUUCAGGCUACUGGGACAGACAGGCCCCUGAGCCAGUGUUCUGCAGCUGAAGAGAAGCCAGCUUCAAGGCCUGCUGCUGGAGAGGGAACCAACAGCAGGCCCAGUACUGGCAAGGGGACACCAGCAAGUACUGUGAGAAAGAAGCCAGCCAAGGAGCGUGAUCAUGUUCCAAGCAAAGCACAGCAAGAUUGCUGAACUUCUUCAUUUGAUUCUUAUCAGAUGAAAAAAAAAUACUGUUACAAAAAUACAUGCCUGAUAACUCUACUGUUUUGACUUAUUUUACAUGAGGUAGUGUCCAAGUCAUGAAUCAUGUAAAGUCAAUAUAAGUUAGGUCCUUAGGGAAAUAUCAAAAUAGCUUUUCUUAAAGUAAGCUUUUGUUGUGGAUGUAUGCUUCAUAAUUACUAACUGGGUUUUGUUUUUUCCCAAACCUCUGUUACACUACCCAUAUCCACCUAUGUCCUCCCUCGUGUAUGUGGGUUUUACCUCUUUUAUGGUUAAUUUUUUUUAUAUAUAUAAGUUGUGCCUCCAGAAUGAGAUGCUGUUCUAUGAGCUGAUAAAGUUUAAUUCCAACCCUAUUACACAUUGAAAAAAGAAUAAAUUAUUGUUCUCUCCUUUGUGCAAACAGAA